CCUUCAAAGCAGACAUGAACAGCUUGUCAUUAAAGUACGGCAGUGUAUGGCUUUAUUUGUGACUUGUUUGUUUGUGUGUGUGUGUGUGUGUGCACGAGCGCUCUCGUGUAGGUUGGUAGUUGCAGGUGUCUGUGAAAGAAUGCAUCGCUCUCUCAUCAUCACUGUGUGUCAGGGAAAACGCCAAAGGUGAUGAUAUCGGUUAAAAUCCCCCAACUGACAGGUACUCAUUAUGGAUACAAAAAUGUUCACAUCCUACCUACUCCCCCACCCCUGUCCCCCAGCUGGACGACUGACACAGACAUCAGGAGUGACAGGAGUAUUUGUGACCUGACCACCCAGCUCGCUAUUUUACAAAGUUCGCUCUCCCAGCUGACAACUUUUCUCUGUUUCACCACCUUUACAUCAUUUUGAAUUAAGAACAGGUUGUAGACAGUCGUUGCUCGUGGAGACGAUGGCAGGAAACAAGAACCAAAUGGUACAAAUGCUGCUGUGGAUGACCAUCGCCUUUUGUUGGAUGACAGUCGGCUCGGCGUGCAAAUGUGCGAGAAAAAGGAUGAAACCUACUGCGGGUAUGAUAUCGUGUUUCAAGGAAAAGCUGUCGUUGCACAUCUGGAGGACGCCCAUCCGAGGGAAAGACGGACCUACGUUGUUGAAGUCGACAGAAUCUUCUGGUCAAAAAUCAGUAGCGUUGGAACGAUACUUGAUCUGAAUACUGCAAAGGAAGGCAACCGUUGUGGAGCUAAAUUUCAAUUAAACACACCCUACGUCAUUGCUGCUAACGAGGUCGAGAAGGGUGGACUUCUAUCGACUGGUUUGUGCUCAGGGAACAAACGUUGGAACCGUCUUCAUGUAAACCGGCAGAUGUUUUUCACAGACCGACUACAAAAAUUGUGUGCUCCCCACAAACAUUUGGAUUAAAGUCACUUGUUUCUCGUGCUGACAAAAGUAAAAUUUCUUUACAAAACACAAUUUCGAAUGCACACUAUACCAUGCUUUGUUAAUCGCAACAAUGAAGAACAGACGUUAAACAAUUAAAUUUAUAUGUUCCAAAUCAAAUCAAACCAGUUUUAAAGUCAUAUUUGAGUGGGUUAUAAUUACAGAUAAAGCUAUACACAUUUUGACUACCUGUAAUUUCAGCAUAAGUAUGCAAAAUACUCAAAUUUAAACUUUUUAAAUUAGAUUUUAAAACCUUUAACACAUUUUUUCUAAAGUUUUAACCAUGUCAGCAGUUGAGAUGUGAAACCCCAAGAUAUACUUGUGAAAUAUUCUCAACUAAAAGAUAUUGAUAUAUUUUUGGACAUCUGAUAGGUUGUUAGAAACCUGUUACAUUUCCCAAACGUGCAAACUUUCUCUACCCGAGAGACUUGAUGUAAAAAGGGCGAUAAACGUGAUCGCGGUGGUGUUGCUCGCUUACCUCCCCUACCCUCUCUUCGCUCUGUAUCUCUUGGUGUGUCUACACUUACUAGGUUGUCUAAGUUUGCUAUUCGUAAUAAAGGAACGUUAUAAUUUA